AUGGAAUUAGAGAGAAGGGAAAAACCGCAUCUGGAAGUUGAUAAGCUUGAAGAAGUUGUGAUGAUGAUGAAGAAAGGUGAAGUAGCUCUUCUGAGUAUUGCACCAGAAUAUGCUUUUGGUUUUAUCGGUUUCAAGCAAGAAUUAGCAGUAUUGCCGCCUGAUGCCACUGGUACAUAUGAAAUCGAGCUUGUCUCUUUUCUUAGGAGCAAAGAAUCCCGGGACAUGAACACCACCAAAGAGAAGAUUAUAACUUUUGGCAAAUAUAAGAAAGAAGUGGAAGAGUAUCGAGCUAUGCUCAAGCUUUUCAUCUAUUAUACCUUAAAGGUUGCUAUAAAGUGCAGAAAGUUGUCAUCUUUUGGCCAGCCAUCAAUGAAAGAAGUUGUGUUGAUUGAAUUUAAUGAAAGAGAGGGAACUAGUUGUGUUGACAGCAAGCCUAUCUAG